AUGUGCCGUUUUUUGAUUUAUAAAGGACGCCAUGAGAUUCGGCUCAGCAAGCUCGUGACCGAGCCCAGCCACUCCAUCCUCACGCAGUCCUAUGACUCGCGCUUACGACUGGACAACCGCCGCCCGGUCAACGGCGACGGCUUCGGAGUCGGGUUCUACACAGACCCCAAAUUAGGUCCUGAGCCUUGCAUCUUCACGUCCACGCUGCCAGCCUGGAAUUGCGAGAAUCUGGAGCGGCUUGCGUCGAAGACUUGCUCGAAUCUGAUCUUCGCGCAUGUGCGCGCAACCACCGAGGGCUCGCUGGCGGAUAAUAACUGUCAUCCGUUCCAACACCAGUCGUUGAUGUGGAUGCACAAUGGCAACAUUGGUGGCUGGAACUAUGUCAAGCGCACGCUGGCUUCGUCGCUGGCGGAUAAGUGGUUCCUGGGCGUCAAGGGCGGGACAGAUAGUGAGUGGGCGUUUGCGCUGUUCCUCGAUCUACUGGAGAAAGAGGGCGCGGAUCCGAGUGCAGAUCCGGGCCCUGAGGGGUUUGGGCAAGCGUUGCUGCGCCGAGUAAUGAUGAAGACGAUUGCGAAGAUCAAUGAGUUUAUUCGCGAGAUUCCGCAGCGGUAUAAUGUGACCGGAGUUGAGACGAGGAGUUUGCUUAAUUUUGCGGUGACGGAUGGUCAUACUGUUGUGUGUACGAGAUAUAUCAGCAGCAAGACUGAUGAGCCGGCUAGCUUGUACUUCUCGUCGGGGACGAAGUGGAAGGAGGGCACGACGAAGGGGCAUUUCAAGAUGGAGCGCCAUGAUAAGGGGCGGAUAUUGUGCUGGUCGCGAGUGAACCUAUCACCUUCGAGAGACGUGAACAACUGGGUGUCUGUCCCAACAAACUCGGUGGUCACCAUCCACAAGCAGACUGUGCUGCUUCAUCCGAUUGUGGAUGAGUUCUAUAGCGAGAACCUGCAUGAUCGCUCAUCUUAUUACGCCGUGUCCAAGGGCCUUGUGAGCACGGCUCCUGGAACGACUGUCCCGCCGCCGAAUAAGACAGAUUGUGCUUCAUCAGCCUCCGGGGCAGAUAUCGAGGCGUCUCGUUUAGCCCAUCCACCUGGGUGUGCUGUAACUCAUUGA